AUGGCCGAUGUGCUCGAGUUCGCACAUCGCCAGGUCAACCGUCUCGCCCCUCCAAAUGUUCGGCGGGACAUGUGGAUUAGAACCCAAGUCGUUUAUGCCGAGCAACCCUUACGCUUCACCUUCUACCUCGCCCAAGCAUUCUUUGCAUCCAUCCCGGUCCUCUGUUUCCUGACUUUCGGCCUGUUCGUUUUCUUUACCCUCAUCACGGGCGUCCUCUUCUUGACCCUUUUCUGGGUGGGCCUGGCUUCCUGCCUCCUGGUCCCGAUCCUCGUCGUCACCUUCUGCAUGGCCUCGUGCACCUGGGGCUUUGGCAUAGCGCUAUUCCGCCUCGGCCCCCUAGCCUACGGAGCACUCAAGACGGCUUUCGUCAUUGGUAGGCGGGAGUUCCGGGACCUCCGCCGCCGGUAUGACGCCGAGUAUCCCGCCCUCCCCGCCCCUGCCCCGCCGCCGGUGGCCAAUCCAGGUGGACCUGCCCGGCCAAAAUCCAGUCGGGGCUCCAAGUCCAGCGCGAGACAGGCCCGGAAGGGCAAAGAAACGGGAGACGGAGCGAUGAACAUGGGGGGCACAAUCCGCUCCGAGGCUCCAUCGUUCCCGCUCCCACUCCUGCACGGCGGCGGAGACGAUCGGCUCCGGCCCAAGCGCCCCCCCGCCCCCGAGCUCUCGCCCUCCAUCGCGGCAACAGCAGGCGCAUCGUCCUCGAGCCUUGGCACAUCUUCGGCAAUGGACAGCCGCGAGUCCCCCGCCACGAGUGGCGAUAAGUCCCCCGCGACUGCGGCAAGUGAUGAGUGA